AUGCGCAUUUCCAUCCUUCUUCAAACGCUCACGUUGGUGACAUGCGCUCUUGCAAUCGCCAUCACGCCUGCACCUGGUGCAGUGAGCCUCGUCACACGCGGCAAUGACCACAUUCAGGAACUCUUCAAAGCAGGCCUCUUGCCAAGUCCAGGCGACGUCCUCUGGAAGCGACAACUAUGCGCAGCACCCGUGGAUAAGCAUGGUCGGUACAAGUUAUGCGUCACUUGCGUUCGUGAUGGGAUCCGAUGUGCUUGGAAUUCUACCGACAAGGAUGAAUUGGAUUUAUCUUGCUGGUGUGUACGAUCACCUACUGGUCGGGCAAAUCUUAUCGAUUUGAACAAGACUGGUUGUUGGGGUGGUGUCAUGACGGAUUCGCAAACGUGUGCGUAUAACCCCCAACCAGGCGAUGCACGAGCCGCCGCCAAUUGCUACUUGCCAAGGGGUCUCCUGGAAACUGUGGAGAUCUUGAGCAGUGUUGCUGAUAUGUUUAUGACAAAUGGCUUCAAGAUGCCUCCUAUCGACCAGUGUCCUUUACGCUCUUUGUCGGAUCAUUUUCGUUAUCCGGGGCCUAGUGCUGGUGAGUCGGAUGAUGCGGAGGAGGUUGCCAGGCGCCGCGCUAUUGUUGCUGCAAACAAGAAAGCCAACGAGGAUGCAAAGAAGGCCAAAGCGGCGGCAAAGGCAGCAGAGAAGCAGGCAAAGGCUGAUGCAAAGAAGCAAAAGAACGCUGCCAAGAAGGCAGAGAAGCAGAGGAAAGCGGAAGAGAAGAAGGCAGAGAAGCAGAGGAAAGAGGAAGAGAAGAAGGCCAAGAAGCAGAAGGGCAAGCGCGAUGAUAUCGACAGCGCAGAGGAUGAUGAUGACCUGGAUGAGGAUGAGCCCGACACAGUCUCCAUGCCUGGACCCAUCAACCGGAGCUUGCAGCUGACACGCGAUGAGUUUGCCAAGCUUCGUGCAGACAUGGCAGAGCAGAUGAAGGGUGCGUUCAUGUUGUUGCAACUCGAUCAGGCGUCUCAAGAGUUCCAGCCCGUCUACACCGCCAAUGCCACUCGAGGUGUUGCUGAGCAUUCGAGAGCAGCUACGGGAAGCCAACAAGACGGCUUCUGCAAGCAAGCAGGUUGUUGCAAGGCGUCAGCUCGUGGUGGCCGACAUUGA